GCUGUGUUGGACACAAAAAGGACAGUUCUGAGGACGAAGGCAGAAUUGCCUCUACUACAUGAUCAAGGAGAUAUGAAGCAGGCCCUGGUCCUGUCUCUUCUCCUGCUGGGGACAGCUUCUGCUUUUCAUCUGGAGGCUACUCACCCCCAUCUGGAGGACCCAAAGAGAGAGCCAGACCUGUGGAAGGAUGCAGAUGGUUCAAGGGAGCAGGGAGGAGAUUUGGCUCUGACCCAAGAGACAAUGCAGACAGAGGGAGAGGAGGCUGAGGGUUCUGAACAUCAAGACAUCUUUGAAGAUGAGGAGUCCAACCCAGAUGCCUUAGACAAGGGCUCAACAUGCCCCAGGGAAGAGGACACAGCUCAUUUGCAGGGAGCUCCUGGGUGCAAGAGCUGCCGCUACGUGCUGGUUACGAUUCCCAAGACUUUUGAUAAGGCUCAGCGUGUCUGCAGGAGAUGCUACCGAGGCAAUCUUGCGUCCAUCCAUAGCUACAGUUUCAACUACCAAAUCCAAUGCUUGGCCAGGAAGAUCAACCAGUCCCGCAUCUGGAUUGGAGGCAUCCUUAAGGGCUGGUUCUUCUGGAAGAAGUUUCGCUGGACUGAUGGGAGCUGCUGGGAUUUUGGAUACUGGGCCCCAGGGCAGCCUGGGAAUGGGGGAGGACACUGUGUGACUCUAGGCACCACAGGGGGCCAUUGGCGAAGAGCCUCCUGCAAUCGCCGCCUGCCCUUCAUCUGCUCCUUCUAAGUUGGAGGAAGGACUCUACCUUCGAACCUCCUGCCUUCACAGCCCUGGCUGCUGGUGUCCCAUCAUUUGGCAUUCAGUUCUGUCCCCUGCCUCUCCUGGUCAAAAAGUCAGGCUUUCCACUGCAUCACCUAAGUCUUGUUUCUUUCCUUUGUGGAACUCGCUCUGUAGACCAGGCUGGCC